AAUUAUGAGACCCUUUUACAGAGGUCUUUUCAUUCAACUGUAAUAUAUUAAAUCUCUCUCCUCUUACGUACGUACAACACUACACAUUUCAAUAUCAUAUUGAUUUCAGAUUAACGUUAAUAGCUGCGGUAAGAUGUAGCUAUGUAGCCAAAAACAUUAUUAGAAAGUAGCUUCACAAUAUAUAUAGUCCCACAUAUAAAUGUAAUCAUAUAUAGUUUAAUAACAUAACAUGCUUUAUGGAGUUGUAUGAUGAUCACCAAGACAUGUCCACCAAACCCCUCGACCUUUUUCCGAACGAGCCUCUAUUGCUUCGUUCACUUGAACCUUCGUAUAAUAAUGAUUAUUCUAAUCAAAACCCUAUUAAUAUACGAAGUGGAUCAGACGAUCAAAAUGAUGACGAUGUUACUGUGGAUUUGAACAUUGGUCUUCCGGAAUACCACUCAUCAGAAUCAGACAAUAAUAAUAAUGAAACUGCAGCACUGGCGCCAUCAUCCGACGUCGUUACAGUUGUGCAGGAAUACUGGAUUCCAACUUCACAACAAAUACUUGUUGGCUUCACUCACUUUUCUUGCCAUGUUUGCUUCAAAACAUUUAACCGCUACAACAAUCUUCAGAUGCACAUGUGGGGGCAUGGAUCAGAAUACAGAAAAGGGCCAGAGUCGCUUAAAGGAAGUCAACCUCGGGUGAUGGCAGGAAUACCAUGCUAUUGUUGCGCACAAGGAUGUAAGAACAACAAAGAGCACCCACGAGCGAAGCCCUUAAAGGACUUUCGAACACUUCAAACUCACUACAAACGGAAGCAUGGCAUCAAGCCCUUCACCUGUCGAAAAUGUGGCAAGCACUUGGCUGUUAAAGGCGACUGGAGAACCCAUGAGAAGAACUGUGGCAAGCGAUGGCUUUGCAUUUGUGGUUCUGAUUUUAAGCACAAACGAUCACUUAAUGACCAUAUUAAAGCCUUUGGCUAUGCUCAUCAUCCUCAUCCUCAUGCAUAACUAUAGUUAACCGGCCACUUACCCACAACUACGUAUGCACCCAUUUAUUUCUGCUUUGCAUGUUUAAUAUUAAGAACUUAUAU